AUGUCGGCAGAUAGUGCUGAGAGAUCAGACACUUUGAUCCGAGGUAAUUGCGAAAUGGCUGGUAAAACUUUCAUUGCCUUGUUUGAUACUGGAGCAUCACACUCAUUUAUAGCAUUCAAGAAAGCUAGUGAUUUAGGGUUGAAAAUCGUUAUGUUAGCCUACGACUUAGAAGUGCAUACUGCUACCUCUGAAGCUAUUAUCACUGCAGUUUAUAUCGGAAGGUUCAGGACGACUGGUGGUGGCACAGGGCAUUAUUUGAAUUCUGUUGUGGUGAACUAUAGCGGGAGUGAGUGUCAAGGUUUCAUGCUUUUAACUGCAAGUGUGUUGGGUGAUGAACAAAGUUUGAAUCCGAUUCUAGUUGUAAAUGAAUUUCCAAAAGUAUUCCCCAAGGAUAUACCCGAGUUUCCUCCUUCUCAAGAAAUCGAGUUUGUAAUUGAGCUGGUUCUUGGAGUAGGACCAAUUUCAAUUGUGCCUUACCGAACGUCACCUUUGGAACUGGCUGAACUUCAGGCUUAG